CAUUUUUCUGUGAAGCUCCUUCUGAAAAAAGUUCGUCGUACCAUUCUCUUAACCAGCCACGAGUUCGAUAUCCACACCACAAUCUACAUCUACUACUACAUAGACAGACGGGCUCCCGCCUGAGCAACCCGCACCACAAGAACGAGCCAAUGGAGAUCGAGCUCUGGCUCAUCUGUGCGACGCUCGCGGUCGUCUCGCUCCUCUACUUCCUGGCCAACCCGACACGCCGUGCGGGCACCCGGCGGAUGCCGCCGGGCCCCACGCCGCUGCCCGUCAUCGGCAACGUGCUCAGCCUCCGCGGCGGCAACCUCCACCACACCCUCGCGGGCCUCGCGCGCGCCCACGGCCCCGUCAUGACGCUCAGGCUCGGCCUCACCACCGCCGUGGUGGUGUCCUCGCGCGACGCGGCCCGGGAGGCGUUCACCAGGCACGACCGCCGCCUGGCCGCGCGCGCCGUCCCUGACGCCGCGCGCGGCCUCGGCUUCGCCGACCGGUCCAUGGUGUGGCUGCCCAGCUCCGACCCGCUCUGGAAGAGCCUGCGCGGCAUCGCGGCCGCCCACGCCUUCUCCCCGCGCGCCCUCGCCGCGGCGCGCGGCGUCCGCGAGCGCAAGGUGCGCGACAUGGUGGGCCACUUCCGCGGCCGCGCCGGGAGGGAGGUGGACGUCGGCCAGGCCUUGUACGCCGGCGUGCUCAACCUCGUGUCGAGCGCGCUCUGCUCCGUCGACGUGGUCGACAUGGGCGCCGCCGAGCCGGGGCAGGGCGUGCGGGAGCUCGUCGAGGACCUCGUCGCGGUGAUCGCCAAGCCCAACGUCUCCGACCUCGUCCCUUUCCUCCGGGGGCUCGACUUGCAAGGGUGGCGUCGCUGGUCGGCGAUACGGAUCGGGAAAAUCUUCCGCAUAUUGGACGGCAUAAUCGACCGUCGUAUGGCAUUGACAGCUGCGGCUGCCAACACGUCCACGGAGGAGAAGCAUGGUGAUUUCCUGGACGUGCUCCUCGAGCUCUUCUCCACGGGCAAGAUCGCCCGCGACGGCCUGACGGCCAUACUGUUCGACCUCUUCUCAGCCGGGAGCGACACCAUGGCCCUCACCGUCGAGUGGGCAAUGGCGGAGCUGCUCCGGAACCCAGGCGUCAUGGCAAAGGUCCGCACGGAGAUAGACGACACUCUCGGCGGCAAGGAGACCAUCGGCGAGACCGACGCGGCGGGCCUGCCGUACCUCCAGGCCGUGGUGAAGGAGGCCAUGCGGCUGCACCCGGUGGCGCCGAUACUGCUGCCCCACCGGGCCGUGGAGGAAGGCGUGGAGAUCGGCGGCUACGCCGUGCCGGAGGGCUCGACGGUCAUCUUCAACGCGUGGGCGAUAAUGCGGGACCCGGCGGCGUGGGAGAGGCCCGACGAGUUCGUCCCGGAGAGGUUCCUCGGCGUGGCAGACCAGGUGGUGGACUUCCGGGGCAAGGCGUUCGAGUUCAUCCCGUUCGGGUCCGGCCGGAGGCUGUGCCCCGGCGUGCCGAUGGCGGAGCGCGUCGUGCCGUUCAUCCUGGCCUCGCUGCUGCGCGCGUUCGAGUGGCGGCUGCCGGACGGCGUGUGGGCCGAGGAGCUGGACGUGAGCGAGAGGUUCACCACCGCCAACGUGAUGGCUGUCCCGCUCAAGGCCGUGCCCGUCGUGGUCACUGAAUAAUGGACGUCACAACGUGGAAGUACACGUCGCAGUCUUUCUCGCCAAGAUUUCGUGAUUGGAUUACUCAUCUGUCUUAUGUACAUGUCAACAUAACACGCCAUCUACUCUAAAAAACACGCCAUCUUAAUUAUUCUUGUCUCUUUUUUGCGAAAAUAAUCUUAUUAUCUUCUUGUGGGAUAA